AACUUGACUAGUUUUCCACGAAACCUUCCCACUAGAGAAAUAGCGAAGAAGAAGAAGACGACGAUAGUUAAAACUCACAGUCGUCCAAAAAAUCAAACCUUUCGAUUGCUCGAUAAAGAAAGGUUCCACCUUUUUUAUUUCUUAAAAUGGAAGAAGAGAGCCGAAUCGGAGACGAGCUCUCUACCUCCCUCAUCACGGCGGAGCGCCUCCGCGUCUCCGUCGACGAAGCCAAAUCCUUCAAAACAGAGUGCGGCGAGGUCGGCAAGCAAGCUGAUCGCCUCGCGCAGAUGCUCCGCACCCUCGUCCGCCUCGCGGCCGCCUCCUCCCAGCAGCAGCAGCUCUACGACCGCCCGAUCCGGAGAGUCCUCGCCGACGUCAGGAAGAAUCUGGACAGAGCGCUUUCCCUCGUACGCAAGUGCAGGAGACACAACAACGUCCUCCGGCGAGUCUUCACCAUCAUCAACGCGGCGGACUUUCGUAAAGUCGUCAACUUUCUCGAGUCCUCUAACGGCGACGUGAAGUGGCUGCUGAGCGUUUUCGACGGCGACGGCGACGGUAACGGAGGAGGGGUCGUGAUCACGCUUCCGCCGAUCGCCACCAACGACCCGAUUCUCCCGUGGGUUUGGUCGCUUGUGGCUUCGGUGCAGAUGGGGAAGGUUGUGGAUAAGAUCGACGCCGCGAGCCAGCUCGCCUCUCUCGCCGGAGACAACGACAGGAACAAGAAGAUUAUCGUGGACGAAGGAGGUGUGCCUCCGUUGCUGAGGCUUCUCAAGGAUGGGUCGUGUCCCGAGGGGCAAGUCUCUGCUGCUAAUGUGUUAAAGCUUUUGGCUUGCGAUGAGGAUAAGGUUAGGUGUAUAGUUAACGAGCUCGGUGUUCCGGUCAUAGUCCAAGUUCUCGGCGAUUCUCCGGUUAGGGUUCAGACCAAAGUAGCUACAUUGGUGGCGAGGAUGGCGGAGCACGAUGCGGUAGCUCAAGAGGAGUUCGCGAGGCAGAGUGUGAUUAAGCCUCUCGUGACUUCGCUUUCGCUGGACGUCUUUGCGGAUGGUCAUGAACAACAACCGAGUAAGCAUAGUAGCAUUCACUCUCUUGUUAAAGAUCCGGUUUUGAGAGUUUACAAGAGUUCUAAGUCGAAUGUGUAUAGCGAGAUCGGCGGUGGUGGUGGUAGUGGAAGUAGAGCUUUGAAGAAGGAGAGGGACAACGAGAGUCCUGAAGUGAAACACGAGCUUAAGGUUAACUGCGCGGAGGCUUUGUGGAUGCUCGCUAGAGGGAAUGUAGCGAACAGUAGGAGGAUCACCGAGACGAAAGGGUUGCUUUCUCUGGCUAAGAUCGUGGAGAAAGAAGAUGGAGAGUUGCGGUAUAAUUGCUUGAUGACGUUGAUGGAGAUAGCUUCUGCUGCUGAGUCCAAUGCCGACCUUAGACGAGCAGCUUUCAAGACUAACUCACCUGCUGCCAAAGCCGUCAUCGACCAGAUGAUGUGGAUAAUCAAAGAGAUUGAUAGCCCGGUUUUGAAAAUACCGGCGAUUCGGUCUAUAGGUUCGUUAGCCAGGACGUUCCCGGCGAGAGAGACGAGGAUGGUCCAGCCCUUGGUGGAGAAGCUAGGUAGCAGCAACCAAGAAGUGGCGAUAACAGCUGUGGUUUCGUUACAGAAGUUUGUAUGUCCUGAGAACUUCCUCUGCGCGGAGCAUUCCAAGAACAUAAUAGAGUACGGUGCGGUGCCGUUGCUGAUGAAGCUGAUAAGGAACUUCGAGCAGCAAGUGCAGUUGCAGUGUCUUGUUCUGCUGUGUUACCUUUCGAUGAAUGCUAGUAACCAUGAGCAGUUGGAACAGGCUAAGGUUCUGACGGUGCUCGAAGGUGCGGAACGGUUGGCGAGUCUGCAGAACCCGGAGUUGAGAGAGCUUGUGUCGAAAGCGGUGUAUCAGUUAAGUUUAUAUAAUGCAGGAAGUCAUAGUCAGAUGCUAUCCUAUGCUGGUCCUUGAAAGCAAACAUGGUUUACGGUUUGUUUGGGUUCUGGUACAGACAGAAACUCCAUUGUUAGAUUAUUACAGGGACAGAGCAAAAGUGAAAUCUCUGGUUUUCUGAUCAUUUGAAUGAUCAAAUCCUCCAUUGUAAGUAAAAACGAAAACAAAUAUGGAAAGGGUAAAAAUAAAAAUAGCUUUGCUCUGUGUGA